AUGGAGUUCCACCUAUAUCAAGAAGAAGAAGAAGAUGAUGCAGAUUGCACCACACCCAAAAGCCGGGAAUUUCAAAUUCCACCUCCCGCUAUGUGUCCUCCACCACCAAAGAAGAAAACUCAUCGUCCCGCGAAACGCCACCCACCAAAAAACGGCUACUUCAAUCCUCCAGACCUCGAAAUUCUCUUCACCGCCGCCAGAACCUACCAUUAG